AAGCUGGGAUAUUUAUUAAUACAGCCUAGUGAUAGGCAUAAAUAUAUAUAUAUAUUUAUAUAGUACAAGUGCUUAAUAUCAUCUUACCUCAAUGGCGGACAUCAGCGGGCUCGGUAUGAUGUCUUAUUACACUCCGUUCGCAAUGUACCGGCAACAGCAACCGAUUGUUGGCCAACAACCAUUAGGGCAACAGAUGCAACAAACUCAAGUGCAACAGACGCAACAGCACGCGAAUAAUUCAUCUGUUGCCGACGGUAGCCAACAAUACUGGUACGGGUACCAUGGACAUCCGCACGGAGUACACCACCAGGCUGCUGGACAGCAGUAUUUGGAUCCGGCGGAGGUUCUACCGAGCUGGUCACAUCAUGCUCACGCGUACACACACCUCCAAUACCAGCAUCAUCAGCCGGUAUACCAACAGUCGCAAGUAAGCGGAGUGACAGAUUGGACCGGCGAUGAAGCAAACACAGGGGUUGGAGCUGGAGAGACAAGUCCGCCAAACACCAUCAGCGGAAGCGAAAUGAGCAAUUCCAGCAAUCCAACUUCUCCACCGACUAAUAAUAGCAACAAUAGUAUUUCACCUAACAACAGAAACAACAAUAGCAAUAAUAUGGUACAUCAUAGCAGCGUGAGCAACACCAACACCAAUGUGCAUAACAGCACAACACCGAGACCAGCUCAGGUUAGAAGUCCAUACGAAUGGAUGAAGAAGACAUCAUACCAGAGCCAGCCUAAUCCAGCAUGCAACAUAACAAUAAACAACAAUGCAGAUUCAACGGUUCAUGAAGUCUGCAUCAUUGAUAGUAUUGGAAAAACCAGAACAAAAGAUAAAUAUAGAGUGGUCUAUACAGAUCAUCAGAGACUGGAGCUUGAGAAGGAAUUUCAUUAUAGUCGUUAUAUCACAAUCCGCCGUAAGGCCGAACUUGCACUCAGUCUUUCGCUCUCUGAACGACAAGUGAAGAUCUGGUUUCAAAAUCGUCGGGCAAAAGAACGCAAACAGAUGAAAAAACGGGAAGAGAUGGAAAGAGAAAGAGAGUUGAAGGCAGCAGAAAGUGUUACAAGCGCGAGCGGUGCAAUGGCGAGUCUCUCACUUGGAGGAAUGCUGGGUGGAUUGAUGCACAACGGUAGCUCAUCUUCCCUGGGUCAUAGUUCACAGAUGUUUAGUUUGAACCACGCACCCUCUACUUUGCAAGCCCCACAGACGCAAUCCAUGCCAAACAAUCUAUGACCUGAACAAUCAGUAACUUGGUCCAAUCAUGACUGACCAUAAGCAUUUUUUUCCGUCAUAAUAUAUGCAAUACAGAAAGAAUGAUAUUGAUAGAAUAAGAAAAAGAAAAGUAGAAAUAGAUAUAUAUUGUGAUAUAUGAUCUCACGAUAAUUUGAGGACUCGUGAAAAUAGCUUUCCAUAAUUACUCCUAUUAAUUAAUUAUAUUUUUUCUUCGUUCAUAAUUAAAUAAUUUAUUGUCUAAUUAUCGAUAAUUUAAGUUUAAAUAAGAUUGAUUCAAGGUUC